UAUAUAUUGCUCUGAGCUGAUUUCUCGUGAAGCUUCACCCAUAUGUUCGUGAGCAAAAGAAGUUGAUGAAAAAACUAAAUGCACACACUUCUUAGAGAGAGAAACUGAAAAAGUUGAUGAAAAUCCUCACUUCUUUUUAGAGAGAGAGAGAGACUGGGUUCUGCUGUAACUCCAUUGUCGAAGAAGAAGAAGAGUUUUUCAUUACUACAUAAAAUUUUCAUUCUAGGCUUGUUUUGUUUUCUGGGUGUUGUGUCGGUGUGUUCUUUUCUUGUAAAACAUUUUAUUGUAUUUGUCAAAUUUUAGGCGUUGAUAAUGACGCUAAUUGGGUCCCAACCCAAUGAUAUACAAAUACAAUGAUCCUGUCAUUUCAUAUAACUCAUACCCGUUUUUGAAAGCGCUAGAUCUGGAGAUGGGAUUCUCAUAAUGAAAGUGAGUAUCUUACAAGUAAAGACAGAAAAACCAAAUGUCUUUUGGAUUCUAUAUAUCCAGCCUGCCUUCAACGUUCUGUGAACUUUUUUUGCUCAUCAUAGCUCCCCAUUUCUUGAUUUGAUUACCAUUUGUCUGCCUUUUAUUUAUGGAAAUCUUGAAAUCAAGAUUUGAUUGUUAGAUAUAUAUGUGUGUUAAAGAGCUGCCAUUAUUAAACACCAUCUAUGGGUCUCUCCUUCUUCUUCUUGUUCUCAUCAUUGUUAUUCAUUGCAUUUCCACAAGUAAGAUCAGGAGAUGCAGAAGCACUUCUUGCAUUAAAGGUUGUAAUUGACCCAUUGGGUUACCUUCAAUGGGGAGGAGGAACUGAUUUCUGCAAGUGGGAAGGGGUUAAAGAAUGCAUGAAUGGAAGGGUUAUUAAGCUUGUAGUUGAAAGACUAAAUUUGAGUGGCACACUGGACGGAAAAAGCCUGAAUCAUUUGGAUCAGCUUAGGGUUUUAAGCUUUAAAGAAAACUCUCUUUCUGGGUCAAUUCCACAACUCUCUGGCCUCGCAAAUCUGAAAUCUCUCUACCUCAAUGAUAAUAAGUUUUCCGGCGAAAUCCCUGUUGGGAUUUCAGUCUUGCACCGCCUGAAAGUGGUGGUUCUUGCUGGUAACAGUUUAUCAGGUCACAUUCCUCAGUCCUUUGCUGAUUUGAGCAGAUUGUAUGUGCUUUAUUUGCAGGAUAAUCAAUUGACCGGUGAUAUUCCACCUUUUAAUCAGACCAGUUUAAGGUUCUUUAAUGUGUCUAAUAAUUUACUCUCUGGUGAAAUCCCUGUGACCAGUUCAUUGUUUAGAUUUAAUCAAUCCUCAUUCAGUGGUAACAUUGAUUUAUGUGGUGAGCGAAUUAAAAAACCGUGUAAUUUUGGUCCCUCUGCUAGUCCAUUGUAUCCAAUCCCGCCCACUAACAAAUCGAGGCAUCAUAAGAUGAAUAAGAAGCUUUUUCUUAUUAUUGUUUCAUGUAUUGGUGGAUUUGUGUUGUGCAUUUUAGCUAUAGUUCUGAUUACAUGUUUGUGGAGGAGAAGUAAGAAAGAGGAGGCAAUGAGUAAAGUGGCAGCACGAGUAGACGAGGGGACGACUAGUGCUGGUAGGGACGGUGAUAAUGAGGGAAAACAAGGAGUAUUCUCAUGGGACCAAGGCAGUGAGGGACCAGGGAGUUUGGUGUUCCUCGGAUCAGGGGAUCAGCAAAUGAGCUAUAGUUUGGAGGAUUUGUUGAAGGCAUCAGCCGAGAUGUUGGGUAGGGGAAGCAUGGGGAGCACGUACAAAGCGGUGAUGGUGUCGGGUUACAUUGUCACUGUUAAGAGGCUAAAGGAUGCUAGGUAUCCAAGGAUGGAGGAGUUCAGGCGACACAUUGAAAUUAUUGGCAGGUUAAGGCAUCCCAAUCUUGUUCCUCUCGGGGCUUAUUUCCAGGCAAAGGAAGAACGCCUGCUCGUGUAUGAUUAUUUUCCCAAUGGCAGUCUUUUCACUCUCAUUCACGGAUCAAGAACUUCAGGUGGUUCAAAGCCUCUUCAUUGGACAUCCUGCCUUAAAAUAGCAGAGGAUUUGGCAACUGGACUGCUUUAUAUCCAUCAGAACCCUGGUCUAACUCAUGGGAACUUAAAACCGUCAAACGUACUUUUGGGGUCGGAUUUCGAGUCCUGUCUCACAGAUUACGGCCUAACACCUUUUAGAAACAUAGAUUCCAUUGAGGAAUCGAGUGCUUCUUCCCAUUUUUACCGAGCCCCCGAAUGUCGUGACGUGCGAAGGCCACUAACGCAACAAGCCGAUAUCUAUAGCUUUGGCAUCCUUCUCCUCGAGCUCCUGACAGGAAAGACUCCUUCCCAAGACCUUGUUGAAGAAUAUGGCUCGGAUAUCCCUAAAUGGGUGCGAUCAGUACGUGGAGAAGAGACUGAGUCGGGCGAUGACCGUACAUCAUCUAGCAAUGAGGCUUCCGAGGAAAAGAUCAGCGCACUUUUGAACAUUGCUGUGGCUUGUAUUUCUGUUGCACCAGAGACCCGCCCUGCGACAGGGGAGGUUUUAAGGAUGAUUAGAGAGGCAAGAGCAAAAGCUCAAGUGUCUUCUAAUAGUAGCGACCAUUCACCAGGAAGAUGGUCAGAUACAGUUCAAAGCUUGCCUCGAGAAGAACAUGUGAGUAUAUGAGUUGUUGAUGAUUAAAACACUCGUACUCGUGCAUUCCAACUGUUUUUUUUCUCCAAAUUGAAUUCGUCCACUUGGCAAAGCCGAGCUUUUGCCGUUUCCUCUCUCCCUCCUCCUACUUUCUUCUUGUAGUUUUUGCCACUCGUCUGUUAUCUGAGUAGUCUAGAGAUAGAGAACUCCAUUUCGCAUUCAUUUUUAGGCAUGAUUUAUCGACCACUCUUUA